UCACUUGUCACUGAGUUCCAGACAACUGAAAGCGAAGAAGCAAAGGAGCAGAUUGUUGCUAACCUGGCCAAUUUCGCCUAUGACCCGAUCAAUUAUGAUUAUCUACGUAAGCUGAACGUGUUGGAGCUAUUUCUGGACUGUUUGACUGAGGAGAAUGCAAAGCUCGUUGACUUCGGGAUGGGAGGGCUUUGCAACGCUGUUGCAGAUCCAGUCAAUGCAUCAGCGAUUGCCACAGUGCCGGACAGCAUCCCCCUUAUAGUCGAUUGCUUGUCGAGCCCAGUUGAGAGCACUACCUUGUCUGCACUUGCCUGCCUUUACUACAUCUGCACUCCUCGCACCCGAUCAU